GAUGCGACAGAAAACCUUGACUAUGUCGGCCGCACUUUACGGCUUCGCUGGUGAGGCACGUCAACAGCUAUGGCGGGAGCGGAGGAAGCGCUCCCACCGAGAAGCUGGUGAGUUGGACAAUCCAUCGGUUAAUGGAGUUGUCCGGAGAGGGGGGCGGGCGGGCGGGGGUCGCUUUUCCCACCUUCGCCGCCGCUCGUCACAGAAACCGCCCCGUCCUGCCCUGCCCGGAAUGCCUGUAGGCUCUGGGCAGCCCCAGCCCGAAGCCUCCUGGCCGGCCGCGGCUGCUGGAGCGGACCGACUGCCGCCCGCCUGCCGUGGGCAGGUCCCUUCUGCCUCUUCCCUCGCAAGGGCCGGUGUCUCGAGGGAACAGGCAGGGCUCUCGGCUUGCCCCUGCUCGCUCCCGAUAGAGGAGAAGGACGAGCUGUCACGUUGGGCUUAAAGCCAAGGCUGGGAUCCAUCCCCAUCCCACCCCUUAAACCCAGGCUCCUUCGAAACAACAACAACAAUAAUAAUAAUAAUAAAUUUAUUAUUUAUACCCCGCCCAUCUGGCUGGGUCCCCCCAGCCACUCUGGGCGGCUUCCAACAAAACGCUAAAAUACAAUAGCCUAUUAAACAUUAAAAACUUCCCUAAACAGAGCGGCAUUUCUCAAGGGGGUGGCGGGUGGGGUGGGAUCUGGGUCUGGGAUCGGGUGUAUGAUCUGUAUAACCUAUUAUGGCAUUCAGUUAUCCGGAACGCCCUUCUUUCAAGCAGCUUCUUGCACACCUUCUUAGCAGCCCUGUGGUUCAGUUUGGGCUGAGAGCUGAGCUGGAUCAAGGUCUACCCGGCGAGGUUUACAGCUGAGCACCUUGGACUCUCCUCCCCGACCCCGGUUUGCUACUGUUUAGCAUAACUGCUGUUCCCCACUAGUAACGGUGGCUGAAUGGCGCUCCCUAUGCAGAGGCUCCAGUUACUGGAUGCUGAGGACAUAAACACUAUUGGGGGGAUGCCCGUCAUCUUCACGCUUCACCUGUGAGCAUCUCACACGCUUCUGGUUAGCUGUUGGUGUGACUAGAAUAAUGCAAAGUUAGCCAGAUCUCCAUCUCAUUCAGCAUGGCAUUUCUUAAGGGUUCACACUAAAGCUGUCUUAAUUUUCAUUGUGUCUAUAUGAUCCAGCCCAAUAUGUGUGCCUAACGUAUUUUCAUUUUAGUUAGUGUGGUGUCAAUUGUUUUAAAAUCUGACCUGAACAUUCAUGUUCUUGGCAGUUUUCAACUCAGUUUCAGGAAAAUGUCUAAGCGAGUUCAUCUUUUCUAACUUUAAUUUGGAGUGGACUUUUGUUCAAACUUUUUCUUUCUACAAAACUGCUAUGAUACUAAUAUACUUGGAUCUUUCCCAUGUUAUCAUAGAAGUAACACCCUCUAAAUUCAACUGACCUAGUUUCUGAGUAAUAAUAAUUCUAAUUAUAAUAAGUUAUUAUCUAUAUGGCACCCAUCUGACUAGGUUGCCCCAGCCACUCUGGGCGGCUUCCAACAAAUUAAAACAUCAAACAUUAAAAACUUCCCUUCAGAUGCCUUGUAAAAGUCAGAUAGUAGUUUAUUUCCUUGACAUCUGACAGGAGGACAUUCCACAGGACUUAUACUCUGCAGCAUGACUGGUUGCUUGUUUAUUUGGAUUAGAGCCUUAGAGAAUACACACACACACACAAACAAACACCUUGCUGUUGUUAGGAAUAGAAUCUGGUCUCACCUGAUUGGAUAGUACACAUAAAAGUGAUCUUUAGUUUUGUCCUUUCACUGUAUGAUUGUGACUUAUAUAUUUGGUGCAUCUUUUGCCUGUGCAUAAACAGUUUUGGCUUUAAUUAAUUUGGCGUUAAUUACUGUAACCUACAUAUACAAUAUAGCUUACAGUAAUUAACGCCAAAUUAUCUGUUCUUCUAGAUUUCUUUAGGUAAGGAAAAAUUUACCCCAUGUCAGGUUCACUAUCCAGUGGUGUCAGAAUAUUCAAGUUGGCUAAAUUUGGUGCAUGAUUACUCUCCUUUAUGAUUUCUAGUGUGUGGCUGUUUCAAGGAGUUUCUAUCUAAAAAGUUAAUUUUUAGACUUAAAUACUGGACCUUUUGUUUUGCUUUAUGUCACAAAUGGAGAGUCCAGCUUUCUUUAUAAUGGGAUUGCUUCCAAAAUCCAGUCUGGGUUCAAAAAGAUUUAAUGUGCUGCCAUAUACUGAAUUAGAGUAGCACUCCAUGUAACUUGCAGCAGACCUCAAACUUCACUUAUCACAGGUAGCUUCUAGUCAACCUGUUUAUUGAACAUUCAUUCUGAUUUAUUUGGACAAAGUUUGCAGGGAGGUUGAAUGGGGUCUGUUAUUUAUUAAGCAUUUGUCAUGUCACAAUGUAAAUGAUGCACUUAGUUAUUAGUAUCUCUUACUCAGCAAUAUUAAGCAUGUUGCCACUUGUUUAUAACAUUGUCAAGCGCAUUCUGAGAUAAAGCCUACAAGUUAUAAUUUUACUGUGGCAAAGUUUGUACUAGAUAGAUGAGACAAGAAAUAGGUGUACUGUGUGAUAUGACGGUGAGCAAAUGAGUUUGGAGGUUAUAACGUAAGCAAAGACUGCUGGAGAAUUCCAAAGGGCAUUGUGAUGUUGGAAGGUCUUUACAGUCUUUUCUGCUUACUUUUUAACAAACACAGAAGUACAUUGGAUAAGCGUGGUUUAGAGAGAAGUCUUGGGUAGAAGGUGCAAAAACUAAUGGCGCUAAUGAAAGUCAGGGCUAAGCACUAGCAUACAAAUUAUUUUAUUCUAGGGUCACCUCCAGGAUUGAACUUGUCUGUUAUGGUCCUGCAAUUGUGACUUCCUGGAGAUAGACUUCUUAAGUUCUUCAUAUACAUGCAACCCAAAAAGAAUAUAAGGAUCUCUGCUAGAAUCCAGAAAUUUUAUAUUCUAGGCACAUGUCAGAAUUCAUGGUUGUCACCAAAUUUCUAGCAAUAUGUGUUUUGGGGAAUGUAUUGAUCCAUUGUGGGAGGUCUUGGGAAAAUCCUGAUUGUUAUCAAGACAAAGAGUACCUCAUAAGGAUACUAGCAGUUGUCAAAAACACUUUGGAAAUUUUAGCUCAUGAUCAUGUUUCAGAAAAUGUACUUGAGUUUCCAUGUAGUCUGAGAGAGUGACAGUGGCAGAGUUCUUGAAUCUUUGUUUCAGGGAAUCAAAAUGAAGAGUUUUCCUUUUUUUAAACAACCCAGUGUAAGAUUUUUAGGAACUACUCUGCAUGGAUUGGAGGGAAUUAAAAUGUCUAGACUCCAGUAGCAGCUUUUUAAGGGUUAGGAGCCUGACUUUUUUCAAGUGUAACAUAUGGGCUUGGUCCAUUUUGCUUAAAGUAGUAACUAGCUCUCUAAAAAUCAUACUGCGCAUUUUGCCUUAAUGUGGCCAGUCAUGUAGAGAAUUCUGUUUGGACAGUAGCCUGCUAGCUUUAUCUCAUGUACCAGUGUUGUGCUGGUAAUUUGGAACAGAAUCGUGCCUAUUUUUCUUACUCCCUGUCCCCUCGCUAAACACAUAAAACACGAAAUGGGUAUUUAGCAAAUAUUUUUUAAAUGAGAAAUUAUGUCAAGAAGAGUUGGGAAAUAAGAUGUAAAAAGCAGAAGAAAAUCAUUGUGAAACUGUUAGUGAAAAGGGCAUUAAAAGUGUUAGAAUGCAGCUUUUAUGUGCAACUCUGGCCCUCCCCAUACAAUAUUCAACUCCUUCCUUUGGAAUUACAUUAAAUUACUGGAAAUAUGCAGGAAUAAGGAGUCUCACAAUAGCACAGUACAGUUUUAAAAGUAAAACGCUCAUUCAUAGAAUACCAAACUACUGCAUAAUGAUAACAGCAACAAUACUUGGUGCCAGCUUAGCCCAGUGGUUCCAUCGACCAACACAUUGCUUGGAUCCCCCAAUACCUUCCAGCGGUUUGAGACCUGCACCGGCUGCCUAGCUUUUUUUUUAAAAAAAAAAAAAGCAACAACAACAAUACUUAACAUUUGUAUAGCACUUGCAAAUGUGUAAAGCAAUACUGACAACAACACUGUAAAGUAAGUCAGUAUUAUUAACCCCCCAUAUUGCAGAUGGGAAGAUUAAGACUGAGGCAGAGUGGCCACCUUAUGAGGUCACAGUAGAGACAAGGUUCAAACCAGGGACCUUUUCAUUUGUAACAUGGGCUCUUAGCCACUUUGCUAAACUAGCUACGCAGAAAAGCUGAAUUCACUUUUGUGUAAGUUCAGUGGGCAUAGAAUACUGACUAAUAGUUGGAGCAUAAAAAUUGAAAACUGGAGGGUGGGGGGGGGGAAUGUAACUGAGUAUCACAGAACAUGGCUGGCUGGUUGGAAUUUUGAACAGAAGCAAUCUACAUGGUCUCAUUUUCUUCCUCAAACACAUGGAUCUUUAUCAUAAUAAUUGAUGAUGGUCCAGCAGAGAGCAACACAAAGCAUACAUGUAGUAGAAUGGAGGAUGAUGGAAGUUCCUCUUUUACGCCCAUGAAUCAGGCUCACAAGGGAGAAACAAACAUUUGCGUUGGCCAUGAGGAAUGCAGGACUGAGAACUGAAUGAGGCAGACAUGAUGAAACGGAAGAGGUGGUUACGCUCCAACCACCUUCAGACUGUGGUAGAGGGAAUUUCCAGUGGUAGUUAAGAAUGUGUCUGAGCUUCCUUAUUGUUGCUAAAAUGUGGUUAUUACUACAAUGGAACUAACUAAAUUCUGUGAGAAUUUUCCAAGACUCAAUCAAGUUUUUCACAUUUGAAGGUAAUAAUUUCCAAAUAAUACUGUAGUUUCAUUGGCAAUCUUAAAUUAUGGAAGGCACCAUAAAGCGAAGGGCUGCUUUUUGAGGGUUGACCCUAACAGAAGAGCUAUUUGCCUGGGCUUUGGGAAAAGGUGAUUGGCAAGGAAGUUCUGGGUGUGAGCCAAAGGAGACCAAAUUCAUUGGCACAUCAAAGUCAGCGUAUAACUUGUUGAACUGGCUGCUGUGCUUUUAACUCAUGCGUUACUGGAGGAAAUACAUAGAACAUUUGAAUCUGAGGUUCUCAGAAUGUAUGCAGUGUUUUUAUAACAGGACUCUCUUGAGAAUAUAGGCAGAAGCAAUGAGUGACUAUUAUUAAGAGAGGAGAGAUAAAAAAGCAUCAUUACGUCUCUGAGGAGCAUAUGAAUAAGCGCUUCAGCAGCCUAGGAGGAGAUUAAUUUUCCAAGGUUCCAGCUGGCUGAUCAAUGAGUUGUUCCAAAACAGGUGUUCAUUAUAGUGAAAUAAUUAAAAGAUGAAAGAGAUCCUAGUUUGGCUUAGCAAGCAAUAAUAAUAAGUUCAUACGCUUCUGAAUAAGAACAGCAGGGGAACCAUUGCCUUCUCCCAACAGCAAGAUAGUACAGUUUAUGUUAGCAUGAUAUAGUACAGUAUAGUAUAUACUAACUUAUAAAAUCACCCCCAGAGCUCUUCUUUUCUUGCUUUUUUCACCCCCAUUUCAUUACAUCUUGACAAAUCAAUAUUAUUUUGAGAUCAGCCGUUUUACCACUGUCUACGAAAAGCACUGUUAAUUUCUAAACUUUUUCAGCUCAAGGGUUGUGUUGAGGGCCAUAUGCAUUAUGUGUGUGCACACAGUCACACAUACAUGUGUACACACAUGCACUCGUACUUGACAUAUAGACCUCUCACACACAUUCACACACACAGGUGUGUGUGUGUGUGUAGGUUGUCCCAUUCUCUGCCUAUGAGUGGGGGAGGGCAGCUUUGUCUCCAUAGGCAGGCUGCAAUGAGAUAUAAAAAUGGGGAGAAAAGCCCUCUUCAUACCUAUAAAAGGGCCCUCUUAUCCCUGUGGGUUGCUGCCAUCGCCAGAAGGUAUUAGCGUUCAGGAGCCCUCUUUUCUGUUUUCUGAGCUGUUAAACAGUUGCCCCCAUUGGUGGCUCCCCAGAGGCAGAACUUCCCCUCCCCACUUUUUAAAGGUAAGUAGUAGUUCCUGAGGCUAUAGAAAAGGAAAAUUUGGGUGGGCGUGCUUUCCAAGAAGGGAGUUCCAGCUUACAGAAGCUGCCAGUUUUCAGGGAUUCUUUCUUCCCUCUCAGCCUGCUGUGCUAUAUACCCAGUACUAUUCAGGAGACCCCUGGCGGAGCAUUUUCAGGUGACUGGGUUGACUGACAUGGAGCAGAGAAAUGAGGUAGUUGGCUUCUGCCCACCUAGUUACAUGCUUAACUCUGGAUCAAACCUGUUAAGAUUUGUGCCAUAAAUAUUUGAGUGUUUCUUUAAUCUCUUUCCACCAGCCCUUUCGGCACAUGCCCAUACCCACAAGGCAGAUCAUUAAAAUAUAAUCUAAAGCAUGUCUCAUUUUCAGAAGGAUGAAUAUAAUAUCUAAGGUGCUUCACUUCAAAUGAGAUGGAACUUGAAUCAUGUAUGCUUCUAUUUAUAGGCAAAUUACUAGGGGCUGUUAUCUCUUCUCACUCUGCUUGCCAGCCUUGCCUAUCCUUUGCCAACCCUAACCCUUCCCCCAAUACUUGACCAAACCCUGUCUCCAUCCCUUUACACCUCACCCACCACCUCACCUAUCCCCUCACAGCUGGUACCAAGCCCCUCUUCUGAGGGGGGAGGCACUUCACAGAACAGCUUGCUAAACCAUUGUGUGAUACAUCUCUGCAGCUCUCCCCCACCCCCCCAUUAAGCAAUGAGUGCCCACUUCAUAUUGGUUUUAAGUACAUCUUGGGGGUGUUUUUAACUGGGGGUUUUUUAGCUUUGUGUAAAAUAUUUUGCGCAUCACUUUGGGGUAAUAAGAAAUAAUAAUUAAGCCUGUACUAAGAGAUGAUCAUGUUGAGGUGCUUUAAAUUCACUUAAUCUUAUUUAAGAUAACUUUUCCAGGGAGAAUGACCUUGCAGAAGCUCUAGAAGAAGGUGGUUGUGAUCUUGAAACAGUCCGAAACAUAAUUCAAGGGAGACCUUUGCCUGAUGACCUAAGAGCCAAGGUCUGGAAGGUAAGGCCUUUUUUUGAGAGGUAGUAAUUUGUCUUGAGUUCUUGGUCUCUUUCAAAAGAGACAGGAACCACUUAGAGGAGGCCCGUCACCUCUUAAAUUUUAUCAUUCUAAAGCUAACAGUCUCAGUUGUAUUUUUGCUCAUACUUGGUGUGUGUAUGUGUUUUUAAAUCCAAUAAUUGCUUCCUUUUUACAAGAAAGCACAACAGUAAAAGUUAACUUUAUGGCACUGUUUGUUUAAAACAUCCGCAUUCAUGUUGUAAAUGCAAAAUGAAAUAUCCUCCAGCAUCUUUUUUAUGGCCUCACUGCACAUAAUAAGCAAAAGUGUAUGUUAGUGGCCAUAUCACAGAUGGAGAAGUCACUUCAGAGGGUGCUGUUGGACAGGGAGAAGCAUUGCAGGAACAAGACAUUUGUUCCUUUCCCAGCUUGCAGUUUCUUGAUUUCUUCCUCAAAAGGCUUUUCAUGGGGGUCCCAAAUGCAUGUUUGAAAGGACAAACACCUCUUGAAUCCUACAGGGAGGGAAAGUAGCUGGGAAAAUGUGCCUGAAGCAGAGAAAUAGCCAUUUGGGAAAGGGUCCGGCAUCUCAUUCCCCCAUUUUUUUCUCAGGUCCCAGUCACCCAUAUCCUGAAAUGGUCUUCUUUGUUUCAAAAAGGGAAUUGGGGUACUGUUACAUGUUUCUGAAAAUAACAGGGCGGGGAAGCUUCAGGCUCAGGAAUCAAAUUCAGCCCUCCAGCCAAGCCUCUCUAUCAGGCCCACCCCUUACUUUACACCCCAGGAAAAUUUUGUUUCACUUUUGUAUUAUAAACAGAUACAGAAACAGUUUGACAGUCCAAUAGGCUGGAAUGUGUUCUCUAACUCUGACAAUACCUCUUGCUUGUCUGGGUGAAGGCAUGUCUGGCUAGUUACGCCAUAAUUAGCCUUUGUACUACUGUACAGAGGUAAAAGUGACAUUUGUUUCUCUGCCCAAUUUUGCUUCUGGCCUUGCCUGCUUCUGGCAUGUGGCCCUCAGAAGGUUGCCUGGAAGAGAAUAUGGCCCUCGGGCUUAAGAAGUUUCCACAUCCCUAGUUUAUAAUGUGUAGCCAGGCCCUUAAUUUGACCAGAACAAGUAGGAUGUGAGCUUUGGCUAUUUAGGUGCACAGAAUAACAUUGUUCUAGAUUCAGGUAGGCCGUGUUGGUCUGACGCAGUUGAGAUAUGUGUGUGUGUGUGUGUGUAUGUAUGUAUAUUGUCCAGUGAGGGACGCGGGUGGCGCUGUGGUCUAAACUACAGAGCCUAGGGCUUGCCGAUCAGAAGGUUGGCGGUUCGAAUCCCUGUGACGGUGUGAGCUCCCGUUGCUCGGUCCCUGCUCCUGCCAACCUAACAGUUUGAAAGCACGUCAAAGUGCAAGUAGAUAAAUAGGUACCGCUCCGGUGGGAAGGUAAACGACAUUUCCGUGUGCUGCUCUGGUUCGCCAGGAGCUGCUUAGUCUUGCUGGCCACAUGACCCGGAAGCUGUAUGCCAGCUCCCUCAGCCAAUAAAGCGAGAUGAGUGCCGCAACCCCAGAGUCGGCCACAACUGGACUUAAUGGUCAGGGGACCCUUUACCUUUACUAUGUUGUCCAGUAGCACCUCAGAGACCAGUAAGUUUGUUCUGGGUGUAAGCUUUCAUAUAUCUGAAGAAGUGUGCAUGCACACAAAAUCUUAUACCCAGAACAAACUUACUUAGUUUCUAAGGUGCUACAGAAUAACAUUGUUUCAUUGUUUUUUGCAUUAAUAGAAUAAAUAACCACCAUAAGUCUGAUCUAGAAUGGUUACUUUGUAUUAAACAUAAACGUUAAGGAAGUUUACUAUUCAAGAAUGCUGAAAGUUAUAAAGAGAUAAUUUUAAAAGCUUCCUACAUUUGCAUUUAAAAAUGUUUUUCUUGAAUAAUUUUAAAUAAUUCAGGUUUAAGAAUUGAAUCUUGUGCACACUGAAACAUACUGAAGGUUUUCCGCCCUCUCUUGUAUGUGUUUUUAGAUUGCACUGAAUGUUGCAGGUAAAGGAGACAGUUUGGCAUCAUGGGAUGGCUGUCUAGAUCUGCCGGAACAGACACUGAUUCACAAAGAUUGUCAAGAACUGGUUGGUAAGUCUGAAAUAAGAUUAAAUUGCUAGGCUGAAACCCUUCUGAACACUUUAUUCUCUCCGUAAGAAUUACCUUCCUGUCCUAUCGCCGCUCUAAGACCUGUGGAGAAUUACUUCAGAAUUACUUCAGUAAAGUCUAGCUGAAAUAUCUUGGUAGUCUUGCCAGCCUCUUUUAUGAAUUAUUGCUGAAAAGUAUAUUAAUGCCGUCAUUAGCUUAAUGACCCUGCUAAUACAUUUUAUUUUGUGCAAUAAUCAGAUGGCUAAAUGUGGACCGUGCUACCAUACUAGGAUUGGCAGGCUUUCUCUAGAUGUCUUUAUUUUCCUAGGGCUUUAAAAAUAUUGGCCUUUUAAAAUAUUGUAAAUAUUAAAAUAACUUGUUUUUGUCCUGAGAGUGUUAUUUUUACAAAAAGGCAGGGGUAUAAAUCGUAUGUAUGUAUGUAUGUAUGUAUGAAUGAAUGAAUGAAUAAAAGCCAUUAUCACUUAGAUAAAUGUUUACUUAUCAGCAGUUGCUUUUUGUUGAACUGAAAAAAGCAGCCUCUGUCCCUAAAAAAGGUGAAUGAAUGAAUUCUGCAGUCGCUCACCUUGCAGUCUAAAGCUCCCUUCUCAGAGAACUUUCAAACAUGAACGUGCAACAGUAGAAUUUUCGCAUUCACAGUGCAAUUUUCCAGUUGAUUGCUCAUGUGAGAUGACUUAUGUCUGCUGUCGAAUGAGCAGCUGAGUGCAUAAUCAUGCAGCCUAGUGCAACAAUGUCUUUCUCUCUAUUCAGGGAGAGCUAUUGUGCAUUAUAACAAUGAGACAGAGCCCAAAGGGCCAUUCAUGAGCUUCCACAGGUACACUGAGGCUUUCCAGCUCUUCUUUUGCAUCCACACCCAUAAAAAAAAUACUCCUUAAUGUUGUCGGGUAUUAUAGAGAAUUAUCAGAUGCAAUCUUAGAGGUGCAGUUAGAAGGGGAAAGUAGCAGAGUGGGUGUAUCAGCAGUAUUGGUGCACUUAAGGGACUUAUUAGAUCUUCGUUGCCUUGUUGUGUUGGUACAGCACUAUAGCAGCUGCGUAUGAAGUGCCCUCUCUUGCUCUCUGACAUUUCCGGUUUCUGAGAGUGAUCCCAGCAUGACAGGUACUACCAGUGAAUGAAGUGAAAAAUGACACAUUUUCAACAUGGUUUUGAUAUUUGUCUGUUUUCAGAUCAGCUGUCAGUGCCAGAGGAGGAGGAGAAAGUAUUACUUUUGGAUAUUGAAUCUGUGAUUACCUUCUAUUGUAAAUCUCGUAAUGUCAAAUACAGUUCUAGCCUUAGUUGGACAUAUCUACUUAAGCCAUUGGUGCAUCUUCGACUUCCACGAAGUGACUUAUACAACUGCUUCUAUGCUAUCAUGAAUAAGUACAUCCCCAGGUAAAGAAAAAAUAUAUUCAAGUGCACUCUGGUUUUAAAUGUUGUUUGCCGUCUUCCCCUAAAACCCACCUACUCUUUUCCAGGACAGAGGCUUUACUAGCUGUUUUCAAAGAAUGGAAUAAUUUUCUGUUGUGGGUUUGAUAGACGGUGUUUUCCAUUGUCAUGUGUGUAUGAAACAAAGCUACAAAUUGAGCCUGAUAUUUUUAUUGUCACAGGUGUCUAUGACUUCAAUUUUAAUGCUCUGUUCAUUUUGUUUAAGAAUAGAAAGUUGUGUGCAAUAAGAAUAAUUGUGCUUCUGUUUCAUGAGCACUUUUGCUAUUCUUCUUUUUAGGGACUGCUUCCUGAAAGGGAGACCAUUUCAUCUCUUCCGGCUGCUCCUCCAGUACCAUGAGCCAGAGCUGUGCUCUUUUCUUGACACCAAAAAGAUGACCCCAGACUCAUAUGCACUCAACUGGGUAAUAAAGUGAAAGUAGGGAAACAUAAUGAAAAGCAUACUUCUGCAGUAAUUUUAAAAAGUAUCAUUUGCUAAAUAAGGAAGCUUAAACAAAAAAAGGCAUGUGUAAUCUGUGAGGGGACCUUAUUGUAUUAAUAUUAGAUGCUAGGCAUUAUAAUAUUCUGAUGUCCGCUUAGCAGAUAGGGCACAAAUGUGUCUCUAAAAAUGAAUCCCAUGCUCAAAAGAUUGGCAUUUUAAUAACCAAAACAGUAACUGUAAACACUUAUGGUACAUAAUUAUUAUUGUAAUGGCCAAAGAAACUGAGGUUCCUGUUUGUUGCAAAAUCCUAGUCUUCUGGCAGAAUUGUAAUUCCCAGGAAGACUAGGAAGAAGACUAGGGUGGUUAUUUGUAAUGUAGAAGCUACACUGUGUGCACUUUAGACACACUCUACUAUGCAGCUGCUAUUUCCAAAUAUUUGGUUGCAGAGUUUUACUGGCAUUCAGAUUUUUGCUAAGGAAGCCUCAAUGGUGUUUGGGAAGCUAUGACACUGCAAUAUAUUUAAAACUGACCAGGAUUCACAGGAAAUGGGUAAAACUGCCUUUUAAUACAAACAUAGCUGAAGUUUUAGGAUACGUGCAACAUGAUUCUGUGCAAGUUUACUUUGAAGUAAGUCCCAAGUUUAUUCUGAAUUAAGUUCAGCGAUGCUUUCUCCAAGAUAGGUGUGUGUAGGAUUGUAGCCUUAGUCCUUACUCUUAGAAGUAAGUCUCCAUGAUUUCAAGGGACUCUUCUAAUAAGUACAUGGAAUCAUAGAACUGUAGAGUUGAAAGGCACCCCAAGGGUUUUGGAUUUUGGAGUAUUAAUUAUUCCCCCUCCCUCCAGGUAGUUUAUGAAUAUAAUAAUGUUAACUACAAACUUGCUUGACUUUCCUUUCAUUCCUUCAAUUUUCCAGCUUGGAUGCCUGUUUUCAAGCUACUGUUCUCAUGAAGUCACUCGUGCAAUAUGGGACGGAUACCUACAGCUAGCAGAUCCAUUCUUCAUUUAUUUCCUAAUGCUUAUCAUCCUUGUUAAUGCAAAGUGAGUAUAUAGUUAAUGCAGGGCAACAAAUUAGUUGGCCACAUAGACUUGUCUCUACUUUGUGUGCUUACACCUUAUCUCCGCUUUUGCCUCUUUCCAGAGAAUUCAUCUUAGCACCAGAGUCAGAUGACAAAGAAGAUGUUGUGAGUAAGUCCUGCCAUUGUAAUGCUGCUGCAACUGCAGGGAAAAAAACCCUUAGGCACUAUAUUGCUAAGGUUAGGUGCUUGGAAACCCCACUGAUAUGGAAGAAUUAAGCUGGCCCUUAACUUUCACCUUUUAAAAGAGUUGGUUCUUAAAAAGAUGAGCCUAGUUCUUUUGGGGCCAGAUCAGAUGCAAAUCUAAACGAUGGUUUAGCAUUAUGUGAAGAAGGCUACAGCAGCUUUGAGCAUCCACACCAUCUCCCCUCUCCUCCUGCAAGGUUAUUAAAAAAAAACACGAAUCAAAGUUCCUUCCAGAUGUUUUGAACUUCAGAUUGCAGUGCGGCAUAAUAUACAGGGCAGGCUUGUGUGCUCCCCCUGCCUACUUUGUCAGUUCUGCCCAGUUCAGCCAUACUCAGAUGAACCUAUAUUUGACUUUGUUCGCUGUUCGCUAUGAUUAAUGGCUCCUUGCACACCUGCAAGAAUCUGGAGAAUCUGAAAUAUUUUUCUGUGGACCUACAAGAUGGCAUAUUUCUCUUUUUUUUAAAUGUAGAACAGUUGUUUGUGAAGGCAGCAGACAAAUGAGACCUCUUCUCAUUGAGUGUUUGAAGAAAUGCACACCAGCAAAAUUUGUGGUUUGGAUGUUGGGAAAUUAUGUGGCUUUGUACAGGAUUUAAGGGAUGCACUGCUCUGUCAUUUCUGACUUUGGUGGACAAAUGGAAAUGAACAUUGUCAUGGUUGCUCAGGCAGCCAGGAUGUGCUCCUUUAUUACCAUGGGACUUGGGAGUCUCCUCCUACACCAAUGACACGUGCCAUUUGUGAUGAAGCUGACUGCCAUAGAAGUAGUGAAAUAGAAAAUAUUUGAGCUCUUUAACCAAAAAGUGCUAGAGUGUCUAAAAGAGGUUCAGCUGCAAACAUGUUGGCUUGAGUAAUUCUUCUGUUUUUUAAAAAAAUAAAUAAAAUACAUUUUACUUCUGGCAAACACAAAUUUUAAUGUUUGGUUUUUAAAUGCCCCCGACCCUAAUUUCCCUGUUAUAUGUUUCAGAAUUCCUAGAAAAAUCGCCUGCCAGUUUGGAAGUAGAGGAUAUAGAGGACCUUUUCUCCUUGGCACAGUAUUAUUGUAGCAAAACUCCAGCUUCCUUCAGAAAGGUAAUUGACAAGCACUUAGGGUGUUUCCCAAAGGGUAUUCUGCAUAGCAACAUCACAUCAACAUCAAGCAAGGGCUCCCAGGCCUGAUUUUAUGAUAUGUAGAAGUGGUGAGCCUGAGACAGUUGAACAGUUUGGGUUAUAUAUUCUCUAUCAAAAAAGUCUAGAUCAAAUAUGGGUGCCUGUCUUGUGCUGCAGUGCCUCUUUUUUUUUUUUAGCUUAUAUUUUUAUCGGCCCAAAUGUUACUUUGAGCAUCACAGAAGGCUGAGACUACAACCCAGCUUUUCUGUAUGCAGGUGUAAGGAUACAGAGGCAACUAACUACAUGACAGGUGAUGGCAUAGCAAAUUUCCUUGUCUGCUUCCCAUUGGCUCUUAAACCUUAAGCACCUUGCCCACCAGGAACAGGAGGAAGCAGAACAUGUGGUGGUGAAUAAGUUUAUUGCUCCCCUGAGAGUGAAAAGCUGGUUGCCUGGUUAGCUGGUUGAGGUUUGGGUCCACAGAAUAUAUUGGAUUUGCCUUCUCCCACUUCCCUGCCUUCCUCAUCAUUUGCCUUUGCAGCAGCUGCCAUUUAGGGAGGAAGAGGAAAACUACCUUGCCGUAUCCUUUCCUUCCUUUGCUUGCAUGCAGAGUCACUGCAUAGUGCCUGCCACAAACGACAUGCAAAUUUAUAGGGUGAACUGUGUAAAGGGUAGAUAAUAUUAGAAGCUUGCAUUGUCAUAUUAAUUUUUUGUUCAUUCACUGAGUCAUUCCAAUAAUAAUAAUUCGAAGCCUUCGGUCUCACGUGUCGCCUCAGCUUUAUACACAGUACAGUGUUCCCAGAAGUGAUUUCAGGAUACUUUCCUACUGCUUAGCCAGUUGCAACAAAUUUGGUUUGGACCUUGGCACUUAAUCAAACCCGGCCUUUCUGGGGAUGCAGCUUUUUCUUUUUGAAACAGUAGCUGCGAAACCAUUUUGGAUACUACAGCAGUUUAUCACUGUUUGGAACAAGUCCUGGAGCGGCUUGUGCCAACAUUCAAAUGGCUUUGAAAAGCAUUGAUUUUCAGUUAUGUAAGUUGGCACUCAUUCCAAAACAGCAUUAUUCAAGUAUGCUUCAUUCAGUUUCGUGUCGCAGGAGCAAAAUGCAGUUGAACAUUAUAUUAUUUCCCACUUGCUACACACUUCUGGGGGCAGAAAUGCUGUAUUGAGGCUUGGGGAAAUAAAUGUAAAGCUACGUAUAAUAUGAUCACAUUUUAUUCUAUAUUUUUGAUGGCAUUAUUUUUAACUCUGUCAUAAUAUUAUUGUAAAGCAGCUUUUUGGGGGGUGACUGUAGACAGGAAUCUGAAUAGAAAUCAGAAAAGAAAUUGGACUUUGUAUAGUUAGGGGUUCAUUCCUUUCAUUUUAUUUCCAUAAUUGGCUAAUAAAUAAUAAAAUAUUUUCUACAAUUCUUUUCCAAAAUAGAACCCUUGGGAUGAUUAUCUACAAAAGCAGAUAAUGGAAAUAUUCAUAGUUACAUAUGCAGAUCAGUUUAAAGACUGAAUUGCUAGCAUGUUCUUUUUGACUUUCAGUAGGCUUGUGAAAUCCUGAACCUGUUUUAGAAUACUGGAUUUUCUGAGCCACAAAUCAGAUGCAUGACAAGGAGUUUUUCCCAUCAUAAUACAAAAAAGUAAAAGCCACCACUGCUAUAUGAAUGCUAUACUAUCAAAGAAGCAAGUGUGAUAUGGGCUUUGAGUACAGCUACUAUAUGCCUAGUAUAGAAUCUAUGCUACCAUUUUCAUGGCAAUAGCUGGAAAAGCUAUCUGUAGCGCUUGCUGAUCUUGGAAUACUGUUCAACAAAGGCUGAUGCAAAAUCUACUCGCCAGGAACAGGGAAGUGCCGGAGGUCAUUUACAGUUGCAGUAUCUCUGCCUCUGCUGGUGGGUUUGAGGGGAGAGAGAGGGUCAUGCUUUAGGCUUUAGUGGAUCAUACCUAUUACCUGUCUAUGGAGACAAAGGAAUGUGUUUCCAAAAAUGUAACCAAUAAACAAUGUCUAUCAGCUGUUGGACACGAUUUUUGAAGGGUAUUUUGACACAUUGAUCAGGAGAAAGAGCUUAUGAGAGAUCUUCUAUUUGACAAAAUGAGAGCCAAAACAGCAGUAUGCACAGAGCCCCCAUAAUAGUGUGAAAUUGCACUUAAAGACAUGCAUUUGCAUCUCUUUUUGAAGUCUUUCUGAAUUGAGCAAGUACAUAGUUGAGGGUCACAAAUAGGACACCGUCUAGGUCUUGGUUUGGUGUCUUUAUUUAGCACAUAGCCUUAAUGUUGGCCAUAACUAGUGUUUUCUCUUACAAUUACAGGACAACCACACUCUGUUUGGCAGCAGCUUGCUGGGUCUCAAAGACGACGAUUCAGACUUGAGCCAAGCUUUGUGUUUAGCAGUUUCUGUAUCAGAGAUUCUUCAAGCUAAUCAACUGCAAGGGGUCAGUAAGUCUGAAACUGUUUUCCCCUAAAUGAAGGAAAUAACAUAGCUAUCAGAGUUUCUACCUUCUGGGAGCUCCAAAAACAGAGCUGUUUCCCUGGUCAUUGGCUAGAGUCCAACGAAUUGUGAAACUAGUUUCAUAAGUCCAAGAGGAGUUCAGUAUAGUUUUACUGGAAAGUACUUUUAAAGCUAAGGAUAAUUUCAAAAGCAGUAUAUGAUAUAUCACCACACAGCAGUGUUUGUAGGUCUGUCUGUCUCUGUCUACUAUUCAAAGGAAACAAGUUAAAAAAUUCCACUGGCAAUGAGACUAAGUACAUCUUGGGAACCCAUCUAGUGAUCCUGCCCUUCAGCACAGCUAUAGUAUAGCACAAGACAGUGGCUGUUUGUAUAUGGAUAUGCUGUUUUAUUUGUUUCAGACUUGUUGCCUGCUAAUUUCAUUGAGUACCUACUAGUGGGUGGAAAAAUUACUGUUUCCUUUUCAUAUUUUCCAAAUAGCUAUUGCUUUUCUACACUGCAGUGACAUCCCCUUUAUUUGUUGCCUUUUAAAGACUGCUGCUUUAUACGUCUCACACCUAAAGAGUUCAAGGUGGCAUAUUCAUAGUUCUAGGGACACGGGUGGCGCUGUGGUCUAAACCACUGAGCCUUAAGUAUGUACAGUGGUACCUCGGAUUAAGAACUUAAUUCGUUCAGGAGGUCCGUUCUUAACCUGAAACUGUUCUUAACCUGAGGUACCACUUUAGCUAAUGGGGCCUCCCGCUGCCACCACACCGCUGCCGCGCGAUUUCUGUUCUCAUCCUGAAGCAAAGUUCUUAACCUGAGGUACUAUUUCUGGGUUAGCGGAGUCUGUAACCUGAAGCAUCUCUAACCUGAGGUACUACUGUAUACUUUUUGAACUAAAUGAAUAAAAUAUUCUUAUUUCAGGAAGGAGUAAGGUUCUUUGUGGUGGAUUGUCGUCCUGCAGAACAGUACAAUGCUGGCCAUUUAUCAACUGCCUUUCAUUUAGAUUCAGACUUGGUAAGCAUACAUUCUAGCUGCUUAAUAUGCUUGCUUUUUCAUUUCCUUACAUUAAAAAAGAAGGGUGGAAUCCAAGAGUUCUCAGAAUCUUAGUUCUACGAAUUCUUGUUUUAAGGUGCCUGGUUUAUACCACCAAACUGUAGAAACGAGCUUCUUUCAAAGGAUUCUGUUUGUAAACAGCUCCUCUAGUAUUUAGAGUCUUCAUGUCUCUUACCUAAAUAUUUUCCUAAAAUGCAAUUUGUUUUAAAGGAUAGACAUGAUCUCCACCAAUUUUUAGUUCGCUGCUCGGGAAUUAAGAAACAAGAAAAAAUCAGUGCCAUUUUGAAAUGAGUAUGUAGUUAAAAUCAGUGCUGUUUUUGAAAGGUUCGAUCCACCAUUUUGAUUCAGAAUGGCAGCCAGUUGUAUCCAAACACUGUUGAUCUCAGGAGCCAUCAUGCAACAUUUAGUUACAAGAUCUUAAGAAGUGUACAGAUGCAUAGCAAACAAAUAACUUUCCUAAAUAUAUUAUAGAUUUAAGAGGCGGUAACAAUAAAGUAACAGUUACAGUAAAGUGAUAAUUAUUCAGUUCCUAAAUGAAACGAUUUCCAGAGUGUUAACUGUGUUGCAGAACAACAGAUGUUUCAUUUGCCCAUCCUGGUAAGCCAGACUUCCGAGGCGCGUUUCUCCAUUUUUUCUCCAUUUUUGCAAUGGAUUUUGCCGAUUGGCAAUUGCACAUUGGUUGUUGAGCGUUUUCGGUUGUCGAACAGUCUUCAGGAACAGAUUACAUUCAGCAACCAAGGUUCCACUGUAUUAGCUUUUUAGUCUAUGGCAUACUUAAUAUGUUAAUCUUGAAGUGCCACAACACACUUCGCACACUUUCGAUGAUACAAUGUUUACUUACAAAACAACACUCUUGUAUUUGGCUCCUUACGUGGAAAUAAAACACAAAUUGAGGGAGUGAAAGUGGCACAAUCAACUCACAAGUGGGAAGUAGAAGUCCUCUGUGACUUUUUGCAGCUUUGAGGUGCCUUCCUCCACUUCUUCACAACUUCGAUGGCUGAUAGUAGUAGAUGGUGAUGAGGAUAUUUGCAAUAACCCUUUAAAAACACUUAUUUGCUUCCCUGAAGAGAUGCCUUAGUAAAUGUUCACACACCUGGUUCCCUUACUUCUUUGCCUUCAAGUCAAGAACUCAAAUAAACUUCGUAAAAUGCCUUUAUUUUUGUUUUAAGUGGUCUUGGAAAGGUAUGGACAUUUCUGCUUUUGAUUUAUGAGGUCCAUUUUGGCCAUGUUUUAGACUCCAUGUUCUAAGGACCUUUGCACAGUUACGUUUUCCUAAACGCAGGCUAGUUUAUAUAGAAAAAUGUGAUACAUGCACUACUUAUAAAACUAGUUAAAUCGGACUGCAGAUGCAAUUUGGCAUCUUAAUGCUUAAAUAUAUCCAUUUGUUUUUGAGUGAUUUUUAGUCUCUUUUCAGUUCGCACGUGUGUUCUUUGACUUUCUUCACAGAUGCUCCAGAACCCAUCUGAAUUUGCUCAGUCUGUGAAGUCUUUGUUAGAAGCACAGAAACAGUCUAUUGAAUCUGGUUCAAUAGCUGGUGGAGAGCAUCUUUGUUUUAUGGGAAGUGGCCGGGAGGAAGAGGAUAUGUAUAUGAACAUGGUACUGGCACACUUUUUACAGGUACAUCUAAAAUAUUAGAAUGUGUUGUAUUUAAACAUAGUGGGUGCUAUCCAGCUAAAUAAUGCUAAGAGUAGAGUAGAGUAGAGUAAAGUGAUUUUUUCAGCUACUUCCCCUUCAUCCUACAACCCCCCUUGCUUGUGCCCCCCGCCCAGUCCUGCUCCAGAGUGUUUAGGGACCCUAUGGAACAGAAUGAAAGGUUGUCCAGGAGUUGCAAAGGAAGGAGAAAUUCAUGAAAAAUAGUCCCCAUUUUCCUUCACUGAAAGCUGGGUCAAAGACCUUUCUGCGAAUGAAAGCAGCCCUUCUAUUCACAGAGGUCUAGAUCCAAGCCAUUAUCUUAAUUUUAUAAGAGAGAAUAUUCACCUGUGAACUCCUAUAUAUGAAAGUUCUUAGACCAGAGUGCUCAAAGUCUUCUAACCAUAUUCAGAUGAAAUGCCAGAUACAGCUAGUCUAAGCAUGCUUGGCCUGUUUCAUGUUUCUGCUUACCUUGUAAAGAACAGCAAUUUUAGUAUUCCCAGGGUGAUUUACAAUCUUCUUAUUGCAGAAAAAUAAAGAAUAUGUAAGCAUUGCCAAAGGAGGAUUCAUGGGUAAGAUUUAUAUUUAGUCACAUCAGUUUUUAUCUUUUCAAAUGUCUUUUCCACUAGUUAAAUGAACAGUCAGAUGACUGGGGAGGAGACAGUUUGCAUCCUUAUCAAGGUGCUGGGCUCUACCUAGCGCAGCGCUUUUCCUUUUUCUUGCUGCCAGACUCAAAUUCUGAUCUUAGUUAAUCCAUUUUAAUUUCUGUGUGUGUGUGUGUGUGUGUGUGUGUGUGUGCCUGCCUGCCUGCCUGCCGGCCUGCCUGUGUACAUUGGUUUAAUAGUUCCUGUUUUGUUACAAGGACAAAACAGAAUGCAUAGUGCUAUACAACACAAAAUAUGUAAUGUCCUUUCUCACAGCACUGCAACAGCACUUAGCAGACAUUAAUGUGGAAGGACCAGAAAGUGGAUAUGGCCAUUGGAUUGCUAGUACUUCGUACUCAAAAAGUAGUCUUAACUCCUUAGUUGACGUGAGUAUACCUCUUAUAUCAAAUUGUGUAGCUGUGGAUUGGACUGGUUUUCAUGCAGAAUUCAUCCCCUGCAACUUGUCUUCAAAGACAUUUACUUCCAGGCUUUUGCAGCUCAAGCCAUAUUACUUAAACCAAGAAUGUCACAAGAGACCAGUUGAAUCAGUCCAGAGGGCCAUUUUGUUGAGCAUCCUGUUCUUCCAGUGGCCAGCCAGAUGCCUUUGGGAAGCCUGCAAGCAACACAUGAGUGCAAGAGCACUCUCUGCUUGCAGUUCCCAGCAGCUGGUACUUGGGGGCAUGUUGCCUCCAACAACAGAGGUAGAACAGAGCCAUUGUGGCUGUCUUUAUGUGUUCUUAGGCACUAGGUAAAGACUUUCUCUUUACCUGGGCUUAAGGGUGGCACUGUGGCCUAUUUUAGUGGAUUGGUAUGUGUACGGUAUGCCUUCUAUCUGUAUAGCUGUGCUUUUAGAUUUUUAUUGAACGUUCUUAGUUGGUUUUAAUAUAAGUCACUUUGGAUCUGUGAGAAAAGUGACUAUCUAUUAAUAAUUAUAGCCAUCUGACUCUCUAAUUGGUCAAGAAGUGAAGGAAACAUAGCUACACACACACCAAAAAAAAACCCCUUAUCCUAGAUUGUCCCUUUAACUAGCUCACGUCUCCAUCUUUGAGAUAAAUAUGACAAUAACCUUCAUGCAGAUUACUUAUGUACAGAUCAAAUAACUGCAAAAGUUGCUUUUCCAGGGCGAUUCUCCAAAUGGUUCAAAUGAUGGGAAGGGUGUCAAGUCCUUGGUCAACAAGAUGACAGAAGCUUUCAAGACGAGAUCUGUGAAUGUGAGAGAAAAAGUUAUUAGUUUUAUUGAAAAUACAUCAACUCCAGUUGAUAGGUGAGUUAUUUUGGUCUGACUGCUUUUAGUGAUUAUUGGCUGAAGUUGUGCAUGCUCACUUGAAAGUUAGUCAUAUUGAUCUCGGUGGGACUAACUUUUGAGUAAAUGUGCAUAGGAUGGGGAGGAUUCAUAGAAACUUUAUUCCUUCAAAAUGUCUGUAACAAGCACCAUCACCUGAUUGUUCACCAUUUUAGAGCACCAUCGUUUCUGUGUAAACAAUUUUGGUGCCCUUAAAAGCUAUUUAACCUCUCUCUGAACAGUUUGAGUGUGGACACUGGACAACUAAAAGAUUCUCACAUUUAACUAUUGCCUCUCUCAUUAUGUCUUGCUAUUGGGAAAGUGGAUUCUGGGUUUAAUAACUUGACCUUGUAAAAAUUGGUAAAAUAAAAGGAACUUCUAAAUUUUAGCCAACAGAUUAAUCUCUUUCUUUGAACUCAGGAUUAUGUUAUCCACCAUUCCUCGUACUCCAAAAUAGCUUUGUGCACAUUAAGCCAUAACUGAAACAUUACUGCUUCUGUGGAAGACUAGCAGAUCUUACUAACAGCUCCUGAAAUCCAUGAAAUAGUAUUUAUUGUAUGGAAAAUAUAACUCUUUUCUUUCUUUCUUUUAAAAAUGCUCAUUGAAAAAGAUUUUUUUCAUAUUUUCUCAUACUCCCUCCUGCUUGAUACUCUACUGCCAAGUAAGAAGAAAUAAAUCAGAUACUCUUUCUUAUAGAUUUUAAUUACUUUGUUCUGUCCUCUGCCCCAAUUUGCUAUAGAGUUUCUUUCAAUCUUUCCUGGCCUGAGACAGCAAGUUUGCAGCGGUAAGACAUUGUAUUGAACCAUCUGAGUAAAACUGCCUUUGUCCUUUUUUCGCAUGACUUCACAGUGUUUGUAAGCAUUGGUUACACUGACAAUCUCUCUCAGAUUAUUUUUAACAUCAAGCUAUCAAAGCAUUUCAAGUGUUGUCUUGGAAACUAGAGAGAGAAAGAGAAGCUGUAUACACAGUACUUGUUCAUAAUCAUUUUGUUGUUUGUUCUGGAACAUCUUUCCCCUUUUCCAUAUCAUGAACCACACUGAUUACUUCUUUUUCAAGCUUUUAAACAUGAUUGUCAUGUUCAGACAAUCAUAUCUCUUCUUAAACUGUGGUAAUCCUUUUUCCUGCAGACAUAGCCCCUUUGCUCCUCAGCAGCAUACAGCAUUCAAACCAGGAGGUUUUACUAACCAUAGUUUCCUGUUACAAUUGAAGUGGGAAACCAUGGAUUCCAGUUUGUUUGUUUGUUUUAUAUACUUCUCGUCAUCGGAAUAGCACAAGGCAGUUUAUAACAUUGUUUUAGAACAAGCUUGUUACGAAGCUAGCAACCAUAGUUGCCUUUGAAAGGGGUCUUUAGAUGGAAUUUGAAUUUUUCCUCCUGCACCUGUGUCAGCAUACAGAAAGCAGAUCUUUGGAGAUCAGCAAAAUUCAUAUCAACCUGAAUUUUAACAGAACAGUAGUGUUACAUUAUACCCACAUUCAAAAUUAAAAAGUUGUAUUUUUAUUAUCAUUUUUAUUUAUUUGCAAAUUUUAUCUGAAAUAAAACAAAACUAAACCAACAACAUAUUUUAAACAUCUAACCAACUACUAUUAAAACAACACCAAUUUAAAAUAUUGCUUAAAACUAUUCUUUGCAACAGAGAGUUGCCAUUAAACCACGUUAUCAAAUUCUCAUCGAGCAAGAUUUCCAUAAAAAGUAUAUUGGCAAAGGAGACAGUUAUUAAUAUCAGUUUAUGAAUUGGUGUUUCUUCUUUGGAGGCUUUCUCAGAAGAAAUAAUGUGUUGUUUACAAUUUAACAAACCCUGAUCCACAAUUUUGCAAUGUGUUUAUACUUAAUAACAGCAACAUUACCUUAGUAUGUUUUGGUGCCACUAAACAGCAAAGUCUUGACCAGAGGAGGCAUGCUUUGAGAAUGGAAACAUGAAGGCAACCAGAAAUGUAUGCUCAAGAUGGUGCUAUGCAAAUAUAACACUUAACCGUAGUUGGUUUCCCCCAAACAUAGUUUCAACUAAACUAAACUAAAGUUGUAUCAUCCCCAUACCCGUCUGUCACCCUGCCCAUUUCAUGUGUACAUUGUCAGUGUUACUGAUGCUUAUUGUCUUAAGUUACUAAUGAGCACUCCCGACUUUGCUUUAUUUGGGUAGCGCAUUUGUUUGCUUCCCCCUUUAACAAUUUUCUUUUCCCUAGUAGUAUCCACUUUUAAUAUCUUCGAGUCCUAGAAAGCAAAAGCCGUAAGAUAUGCCUUCAGGAACAGAGUGAGACCUCUUUCUCUCCACCCCACCCCUUUAACAGCAUUUGAAUUUAAAUUUCAACAGCAGUGUGUAAAUAUGAGCUUCAUCAUUUUCUCUCUCUCAAAAACGGAAUGUAGAAAGAUUUCAAAGGAAACAUUCGGCCACUGUAAUUGUUAGGAAAUGUGUGACAAGUUGGAAACAUGUGCCUCUUUAUUGAGUCAUGCUUGGUAUCUAUGCCAAGUAAUAUUUUUAGAAAGUCAGCAAAAGAUGAAUGGGCAGAUACUAGCAGCAGGAGGGGGAAACUGAGUAGAGGGAAUGCCUUCGUUUAUACUGUACCAGCUGAGGCUGUUGUAUUGUUUCAUAAGAAGGUAUCUUCAGAGAUUAUUUUAAAGACUCUCAACUUUCCAACCUACCAAAGCUGUGCUGUGUGUGUGUGUGUGUGUGUGUGUGUGUGUGAGAGAGAGAGAGAGAGAGAGAGAGAGAGAGAGAGAGAAAUAGCUUGCCCAAUAGCACAACUCAGUAUUAGGAGAGAGCCUUAAAGAUGCUUCUGACUUCUGACUUAGAUUAUUUGACCUGUUAGAGAGAGCUGGGUUCGCUGCAGUUUAAUGAGAAGGCAGUUUCACCAUUUUCUCCAAAAUGGACCACACCACUAUAAUACAACUCAGCCCUUGUUGUCUGCUUUCACUAAUCCAGCGUGGCUCGUUUGGCCACUCUCUGCUUUUUUCUCACGGCCAGCUGUCUUCAUCUGGAAUCCUUUGGCUGCACAUACAGGUUCACGUCUUUUGCCGUUGCAUGCUGCUAUGGGAAAUAUCAUGGUGUUGUCCUUUUUCCCAGUUUCUUUUUUUUCUUUCUUAACACGUAGGAUUUUUCUCUCCCACCCCCACCCUAUAAUCUUCCCUUGUCAACAGACAUGUGAGCAGCAGUGACCGAGUGGGGAAACCUUACCGAGGCGUGAAACCGGUUUUCAGCAUUGGAGAUGAAGAAGAGUAUGAUACUGGUAUGGUAGAGAAUGUUUCUAUCUGAAAUCCAGCGUAAACAAAUUCCACAUCCUGUCUUGCAGGCAUUAGAUGUAUUACUAAAGAGGUGUUUUAACCAAUGCCUGAACUUACUCUGGGAUCUGUUGAGUUAAAUGCACUUGUCACUUUACUAAAGCAGUCAAUAUGUUUUGUUUAGCAUCCUUCUAACCUUAGGACACGGGUGGCGCUGUGGGUUAAACCACAGAGCCUAGGACUUGCCGAUCAGAAGGUUGGUGGUUCAAAUCCCCGCGACAGGGUGAGCUCCUGUUGCUCGGUCCCUGCUCCUGCCAACCUAGCAGUUCAAAAGCACAUCAAAGUGCAAGUAGAUAAAUAGGUACCCCUCCAGCGGGAAGGUAAACGGCGUUUCUGUGUGCUGCUCUGGUUCGCCAGAAGCGGCUUAGUCAUGCUGGCCACAUGACCUGGAAGCUGUACGCCGGCUCCCUUGGCCAAUAAAGCAAGAUGAGCACCGUAACCCCAGAGUCGGCCACGACUGGACCUAAUGGUCAGGGGUCCCUUUACCUUUAACCUUAGGACAAUAAGGUUGCGGGGGGAGUUUGUUGAGAGCAUCAGUCACGUGCCCUGAGAAUUCUAGGACACCUCCUGAUUUAAUGCAGGAUGCCACCUAGACCUUUACUAUUGCCUCAUGUGAAGUGAGGCUACAACCUACCAGAAUCACACACGAGACUCCUGCAGAGAGGAGACAAUAGAGAAGCCUAUCUGCCAUUACUGAUCUUCUCACCGAGAAUCACCCAAUAAUAUUUCAUUUUAGUUUUAAUUUGUAUACCACCUUUCUUGAUCAGUACACACAAGGCAGUUUGCAAGCUGAAGAAACAACAAAAUAGACUGCAAAGAUCACACCACACCCAAUAACAAUCUGAUCCACUACAAAAAGUCACAAUAAAAACAUAAUUUUAAAAUAAACAGCUUACAUCAAAUAAAGCAAUAUUCAAUAAUUCUUUAGAAUAUAAUAGUAAAGUUAAAUGUCAGCAGAUAAUAAUUAAAUGGUUUACAGUUUUGACAGUUACAAUAAAGAAUUACUAAAUACAAUCAACAGAAAUAACGGCAAGUUACAAUGCAUAAAAUACCACAAAAUGUACAAAAACCAUGUAAAAGGGUCAGAUAAAGAAACAUGCUUCCUAAAUUGAGAAUCCAUCAGGGGCCCAGGGAAAUCAGGAUUUUUAUUACUGGCUGUGGGGUAAUUGUUUCAGGCCUCCCACAGGGAAAGGGCUGAAUCAACCUUGACAAAAAGUGCAUUCAAAAUAGCAAAAAAUGACAUUGACAUAAGAGCAAUGAGAUGAGGGGGUAUUAGUUGGCCCUUUGGUGCUCUCAGGACAUGGCUUUUGUGAAUGAAAAAAAAUCUAUCUUUGUCAAUUCCUGUAGUGAAUUUGUGAGUCCAGCAAUGAGAACAUUUUGUUCGCAAAACAAAACAUGUGAUCUAAAAUCACUUAGGAAUGACAGCUGACUGGCCUCCCAAUACUAUAUUUAGAGUUGCUUUUAGGAUUGACCUGCACUCGUGCUGGAACUCUCAGUUGCAUUGAUCAAUACAUUAUUUAGGAAAAUAAAGUGCAAUAUUUUAUUUAGGACAAGUAGGACACAAAAAUAGAAUGGAAAAAUCAGAUAAGGAAAUGGGAUGAUUCCAUUCCUGUCUUCUAGUCAAUCAGUUUAAGGAGUGAUAAGACAGAAGAAUUAGCAGACUUUGAACUUAACAUCCUCUUGUGCAGAUAAUGCUGUUUUCUGAAUUGUGAAGUCACUGCCUGUGUAAACUUUUGAUCCAUAAUUGUGCAUUCCUACUCAAUGUCAGAAUGAGUAAAAUUCCUUCUUCCAACUAGGGAAGCAUAACUGAAUUAAUAGCUCAUAUUACUUAAUUAAAACAAUUCAAUUGCCCCGAGUUAAUCAGGCAAGCAGAUUUUUUUAAUAGGCACAUUAAAAAAAAGACAAGUGUUUAUAAAAACUGCAGGUGGCAAGUGCCACCUUCAAAGAGGCAUUUUCUCGUGUCUUGUGUCUCUUCUGUGAAUACCUGCUGUGACUUGUGCAUUGCCAAAAAAACAAACAUACAUACAUCUUACUUUGGAAAUGCUGUUAUUAUCCACAUGCACUUUAAUACACAUUUAUCAAGAGGGUGGUAUCCAGUGGUGGCUGUCUGCUGGAGGAAGGGAAUCCAUCAGUGGAAUAGGAAAGGAGACAAUUUUUGGUUAUCCCCCUCCCAAAGGAAGAUCUGCACAACAGUGUUAGGGGUCUGCCUCCCUGUUCUGCUGAUGAGUUUCCUUCUGGCAGAAAAGAAUUACAAUUGUAUAUCACCCUAGUUUGCUUGAUUCAUAUGAUUAAUAGAUUAAACAAUGUUGCAGCCCUUCUCCCACCAUGAACAAUAACUUUCAUAAUAGCAAAAUUAUUAGGAAGCUUAAACCAAAUAGGCAAGCAAGCUUUGAGGUAAAAUGACCUACUUUUGACACUGCAAUGUUAGUUAUUAAUUUUUGGAACUGCAACUGAACUGAAACGUUAGGCUUGGACAAUACAUCGUAACAAAAAUGCAAAGAAAAGCAUGAAAACGUGAGAAUUCAGUUAUGUGAUAGAUACAGGGUUAGAUCCAGAUUUUUGUCAUGCCUAGAGUAGACCCAGCUGUCUAAUCUAAAACGAUCUAGCAUAAAAAGCAAGACACAGUUUUUAAUAGCAGUGAUGUACUGUAUUCUUCAUUUUAGAAAUUUCAACUAAUAAUGUUAAAAUUAUUAUUCUUCAAAGGAUCGGGUAGGUAACAUUAAAAAACUGUUUAUCUAUGUUUUGUCCAUGUGACAUCGCUCCUUUCUUUUUUAAACAGAUGAAAUUGACAGCUCCUCAAUGUCGGAUGAUGAUCGAAAAGAGAUCGUCAACAUCCAGACUUGGAUAAAUAAACCAGACAUAAAGUUUCAUUUCCCCUGUAAAGAGGUGAAAGAAAAUGGACACAUGUUUCCAAGGUAUUGUUGGAUGGAUAAUUAUAAUCACUAAUACUUAUUAUAAAAAGUACAUAACUAUAAAAAAUAGAUAGAUAGAUAGAUAGAUAGAUAGAUAUUUGGUAUUGAUAGUUGUUGACUUCUACGUGUUAGAGAAUUUUGUGGACUCACAUAAUCAUCUUUUCUACUACAAGGUGAAUUUCUGUUUAUCUCAUGGUGAAGAUCUGCAUGAUCUGGGAAUGAGUUCAGUGUACAAACCCUUUAGUCCUAGACAUAUUUACCAGGAACUGAGUUCCAUUGAUCUCAGCAACACUCACAUCACAGUAAAGAUGCUUAAGAUUGGCAUCAUGUCUAGUUUUCACCUUCUUUGUUGAAGAAAGGCUAAAAAACUGAGUUUUCUAAUACUAUAGCAGGCACCUGGUACUUGUACGUGUUUAAUUUGUUUGUAUGACCUGGUACCUCGUGGAUUUUUCACUGUGAGGUCCCUUCAGAAAAUAUUUUCACAGUAGAGGUAAUGGUUGAGAGACUUCAUCCCAAGAAACAUUUCACCCUAUGAUAAGAAAAACAUUUGAGAAAUUCCAGUAUCAGCUGAUUAAAGCACUGUCAUGUUCUGUCAGAGGAUAGCCAGCAUUUUAAUUCUGAAAUAAAUAUUUAUAAGUGGUUACAAAGUCUUUUGAGGCAUUUGCUUCAGGAAAUGAGUACUGUUGCUAAUUUUCCCACCAUGUUUUUUUCCCAUCUCUGGAUUAUGUCCUAUGCUCUUUAUGUGAAAGCGGAACAGAUCUACUUGUGGAAUGGGACUUCACCUUCUCUCCAUUGCAGUCUUGCACAUGACCUCAAAUUCUGCUGUGGAAAGUCGGGGGAGCCUCUGGGGCAAAUUAGGCAUUUUGUGCAGAGGUCUGUAAUAAGGGAGUAGAAAGGUGUAGUCCUGUGUACAACAUAAUUCUGCUCAUGCAACGUUGGAUUACACUUUCUGUAUUUCUGACAAAAAAACCUUUUCUCUUUUUACUUUGUUCACAGUCAUCUUCUAGUAACAGCAACACAUAUGUACUGUCUGAGGGAAAUUACCUCCCGAAAGGGAUUUGCUUACAUACAAUCUCGCCAGGCACUAAACUCCGUAGUUAAAAUAACAUCCAAGAAAAAACAUCCUGAAUUAAUAACCUUCAAGUAUGGAAAUAGCACCACUUCAGGCAUAGAGAUUUUGGCAAUUGAGAGGUAAGUUUGUUUGUUUGUGUUUUGCUUCAGACUCAUCUACACAUAAUUAUUCCCAAUCAAUUGCAGUACAUUUUCUCCCCUGACAUCAGAUUGGGAAAUCCAAAUAGUGCGGUACAGACAAAGACACUCUUAGCAUUCCAUGCUACAUACUUCCUGUGAAAGGCUCUUUCGCCUUUUCUGACUUAGAAUCCCUCUACAUAUUACUCAAAAGUGUUAGAUGAACCUCAGUCUACAAACUAUUAUUCCAUAGUUAGUGGUCCACAUGAUCUGCACUGCUGGACUUUUAUGAGAUUUUCUUACCAAAACCUCAAACUACAUAGCUUCUCAAGAUUUAUUUUUUUUUAAAUGUGGAGGUAAGACAUACAAAGUGCUAAAAGUUUCCAUUUAAGUGGCUUUUCACCUAAGUUGUUUAAAGCCUGUGCAAAUUGCCCUGUUUAUUAGGUGAUAACUAUUACUGCAAACAUCACAUGAUUACAGGAUCAUAUUAAAUGGCUGUCUCCAUUCAACCAUCAUGGGACAGAGGUUUUUAUUUCUCACUUCCUGCAAUGGGUUGGAUGCAAAGAACUUUUGAGUAUGCAGAAAACAGCUUUUACAUAUAUAUUUUGGAAAGUUGCAUUCCUACUCAGUAUGCAUUUGGAUACCUCUUAAAAUACAGUUAAACCACAGAGCCUAGGGCUUGCCAAUUAGAAGGUUGGUGGUUCAAAUCCCCGCUCCUGUUGCUUGGUCCCUGCUCCUGCCAACCUGGCAGUUCAAAAGCACAUCAAAGUGCAAAUAGAUAAAUAGGUACCGCUCCUUCAGGAAGGUAAACGGCAUUUCCGUGUGCUGCUCUGAUUUGCCAGAAGCAGCUUAGUCAUGCUGGCCACAUGACCCGGAAGCUGUAAGCCAGUUCCCUUGGCCAAUAAAGCGAGAUGAGCACCGCAAUCCCAGAGUCGUCCGUGACUGGACCUAAUGGUCAGGGGUACCUUUACCUAAGAUACAGUAACCAAAUUUCUAUGAUUAAGGAGAAGGUUGUGAUUUGUGUUUGGAUACAACUGGAUGCUAUUUUGAAUCAAUAUGGCAGACUGGACCUUUCCAAACUACUGAUUUUAACCACUAGUUUCAAAACUGCUGGGGAUUUUUCUUCGUUAGAAUUCCUGAGUAAUCCAGGGUAUGAGGCUGCUAGUGCUGGUAUAAGUUGAUUCUUUAGUAGUUUUCAGGUUUUGACUUGCUUAAGAAUAUCACCUUUAGACCUAUACAAAGAGUGCAAAUCAUCCAUUUUUCUCACAUGGUACAUGAGGGUGCUCUUCCAAGAUGCCUUUGGUUAUAACUCAUUAUAUGUCAGUAAGAUAAAGUGUACCCGCGGUGGGAAUUACACAACCAUUUACACAAGGAAAUUCUAGCUGGAUGGGCUGUGAUACAGUAGUUAUUUUGCAAAUUGCAUAUGAAAGCAGCAAACAGGGAUUAACGUGGCUAUUUGCAAAUAAGCCUUAGUCAUUAUGAAACAAUAUUUUUAAUCCUUUUAUUAUCUCCAUCUGUCACGGAUGCUUUAGUUGAGAUUCCUGCAUUGCAGAAGGUUGGACUAGGUGACUCUUGUGGUCCCUUCCAGCUCGACGAUUCUAUGACGAUUCUAUACUAAAUCUUUGAUCAACAGUGAAUUUGUUCAGUAUGUCAACAAAUGUUCUUUUUGUUUCCAUUUCUUAAGGUACUUGAUUCCAAAUGCAGGUGAUGCUACCAAAGCCAUAAAGCAACAGAUUAUGAAAGUUCUGGAUGCCCUGGAAAGCUAAUGAGAAAAAGACUUUUUCAGUUGUGUCUUAAAAAAAGAAAAAAUGACAACCUGGAUACUGCACAUGGACCUAAAAUGAAUUUUCCUGUGGAAUACUAACCUAAGAGGACAUUUUCAGUUUACUGAUGGGAGUGCCUGGGUAGCAGGUUUACGAUAGGAGUAAAUUAUACAUUUUGAAUAUAUUUUUAAAGUCUUUUUCUUUAACACUCUUGGAUUUUGUAAAAGUUGUUUAUUAUAAAUGUCAGUUAUUUUUCAAGUAGCUUUUGAGGUUCUGACCUGUUCUUAAUAAGAGCGAUUCAAUACACAGAUCACUUUGAAGAAUUGUAUUGAAGCCACACAGCACUUCUAAGAUAAUGGGAAAAUAUUUGAAACCCAUUUUCUUCUUAAUAUUACAAACUGUUAAGUAGCAGCUGUUUUUUAAAGGCCCGAAGCACUGAAUAUGUGGUUUGAUCUGCUGGGUGAAACAUCAAGGAGUGACGACAAUACAUAGGCUAGGAACUAGAACUAGGAAAAAUUGAGACCCAGCUAAAAAUAAUAUUGCAGUCCACCAAACUGGGUGGGUGUGUAACUUCUGUGUGCUAUCAAAUAAAAAAAUAGUGGCUAAAUUAAUAAACUUGAAAUGUUGAAUUGGAUGCCGUAAUGAAAAGUUUACACUCACAAGUAUGUGGCUGGGUUAUUAUGAAAGUGGAGGUUUUAUUGGGCCAUGGUCAGCAUUAGAAUGGACGCUGAAAUCAGAAUUCAUGUGAUGGAAUAUCAAAGUUGGCUGCCAUGAUGGGGAGACAAACAUAAUUGUUGGAUUAUCUUUUCAGAAACUGUCUGGCACGGACUGAAGGUGUACUGUUUGCAAGUGAGGCUAAGUGAUCAGAGAGCUACAUAUUUGCAAUGAUUUUUUUAUACAUAUGACAUGCCUUUUUCCUCUUCAAGUCAUGUCAGUUAAGUUUUUGAAAUAAUGUCUUCAGUGCUUGAGAAUUACAAGUUUUUGCUGCAAAUCUGUAGCUAUCGCAUAUUGACCAAAUGUUUAAGAGGAACUUGAAUGCUCUUCGUAUCCUGGAGCAAGUUCAGUACAUGAAGAUAUGAAAGGCUGCAAAAGGCAGUCGCAAAAGAUUCUGUUGCGGUAUCAUCACAAAAUAAAUUAAGCUGACCUUUAUAACAAAUCAGCUCUUUAAAGUUACGUUCUUAGUAGGAAUCAAGUUAUGGCACCUUAAUCCUGGAACUCCCGUUUUUAAACAUAUCUAAAUGAACAACACUAAAAGAAGUAUUUGACAAUGCAUUGCAUGAACUGCACCUCUGCCAAUGCUCCUGUAUUUAUAAUUCUGCCCAGAGCUGUCAUUUUAUGUAUUUUUUUCCUCCAGUUCUCCUUUAAAGUAAAAUCUCCUGAAGAGCCUCCAAUUUGUGCCUACUUCAACACAGAGAUUCCCCAUAGUGUUAAUGUAAAGAUGUUUGUGUUAUUGUUUAUAAACUGCAGUUGUAAAUAAACCAGUACUAUUUGAACACAAAUGGUUCAGAUAAAAAAUGUUUGAUCCAACGAUGUCAUUUCUGCGGAUUUAAAUAUUUUAGCACUUUAAAAAUGU